CAGCGGGCGGGCAGUGGCUGGAAACUACAGCGUGUGAACAAGAACCGGGACAACACAGUGGCUGCUUAUGUAUUUGACACACACACACACACACACACACACACACACACACACAUUAAAGCAUCAGACAGUCACAAUCACACACAUCAAUAAAAUACUUCUUCAAAGCCGAUACAUGAGUAUAUUGGAGUAUGUCAGCUUAGCAUGGUCGUCUAUUCCCGGGACUGCUACACGUUAUGGCAUUUAUCUCAAUCUUUUUGGAUGCUCUUCCCACGACUGUCUGCCGGAAGAUUGUGCUAAUGCUCUGCUCGCUGAUGAUGUCCUUGUACUUGUUGUAUUAUCUAACGGAUCUCUGCCACACCAUGUCCAGCCCCGUCCGUAGCUCAGAAGAGGAGAGCAACCUGGCCGGAGACUUUGGCGAGUGGCAGGCGCUCCGCAGGAAGAGGCUGCUGCACAAACUGCAGAUGCAGGGCUAUCUCAACGGCGAGCUCCCCGAGAAGUACUUCAGGGAACUGAGGCUGCAGUUGCAGCCCGCCAACGUGAAGCAGCAGGAGAGGAUCGGCAGGUCGCUGGCUGCGAAUCCACCCAGCACCCUGAGCUUCAGCGAGGACGGGGUGAGGAAGCUCCCGCAGGCCAUCAUCAUCGGGGUGAAGAAAGGAGGCACCCGGGCUCUGCUCGAGUUUGUCCGGGUACACCCGGACAUCAGGGCCGUGGGCGAAGAGCCGCAUUUCUUCGACCGACACUAUGAGAAGGGCCUGCGCUGGUACAGAAACCUGAUGCCGAAAACACUCGAUGGGCAAGUCACCAUGGAGAAAACCCCUAGUUAUUUUGUCACCAAGGAAUCAGCUGCCCGAAUCUACGCAAUGUCGAAGGAUGCCAAACUAAUACUGGUGGUCCGGGACCCUGUCACCCGAGCUAUCUCUGACUACACACAAGCUCUCUCAAAGAAACCCAACAUACCCAGUUUUGAGAGUUUGGUCUUCAAAAACAGGACUUCGGGUUUAAUUGAUACCUCCUGGAAUGCUAUCCAGAUUGGUAUUUAUGCCAAGCACCUGGAGAAUUGGCUUCUAUAUUUCCCAAUGGGACAAAUCUUGUUUGUGAGUGGCGAGAGGCUAAUCAAUGACCCAGCCAGAGAACUGGGCAAAGUACAAGACUUCCUGGGUCUGAAGAGGAUCAUCACAGACAAACAUUUUUACUUCAACAAGACAAAGGGCUUCCUCUGCUUGAAGAAGCCGGAGGGGAGCAGUAAGCCCCAUUGCCUGGGCAAGACUAAGGGCAGAACUCAUCCCAACAUUGACCCAGAGGUCAUUCGAAGGCUGAGAGACUUCUACAGGCCUUUCAACAUGAAGUUUUACCAAAUGACAGGACAGAACUUUGGCUGGGAUAACUGAAAUGUUAAAAAUGUAAGAUAUUCACCACAGGA